CCUUGUGACUGGAUUUAUAAGGUACCAUCGAUGCAGGAAAUAGAGCGAACGUUGUUCUAUUUUUGUUGAUUUAGGCUUUCAGUUCAGUACAUAAAGGUUCAUACAGAGAAGCUAUGGAGUGUCAAGACAAGGAUGAACCUAAAGGAACUGUCCUGCAUAUUGUGGUGGUUGGAUUUCACCACAAGAGGGGUUGUCAGGUGGAGUUCAGUUACCCUCCACUCAUUCCUGAGGAGGGACAUGAUAGCAACAACCUCCCAGAGAAGUGGAAAUACCUCCCCUUCCUAGCACUUCCAGAUGGGGCCCACAAUUAUCAGGAAGACACUGUUUACUUUCAUUUACCUCCUCUGAAUGAAGACAUGAAAUGUGUAUAUGGAGUCUCUUGCUACAGACAGAUAGAAGCAAAGGCACUGAAGGUGCGGCAAGCGGAUGUCACCAGAGAGACUGUGCAAAAGAGUGUUUGUGUUCUUAGUCGAGUGCCUCUUUAUGGCCUUAUACAAGCCAAACUGCAGCUCAUCACACAUGCCUACUUUGAUGAGAAAGACUUCUCUCAGAUAUCUAUAUUGCAAGAACUCUAUGAUCACAUGAAUGGUUCAAUAAGAUGUACCACACCAGAGGGAUCAUCCAUGUACCUAGGUUUGUCUCCACGAGAUUUAAUACUGCAUUUUAAGCACAAGGUUCUUAUUCUCUUCAAGCUGAUCUUGCUGGAGAAGAAGGUCCUGUUUUAUGUGUCUCCUGUAAACAGACUAGUUGGAACUCUGAUGACUGUCCUCUCACUGUUUCCGGGUAUGCUCGAGCAUGGCCUAGCUGAGUCAUCUCACUACCAUUCCAAGAGCAGUGUAUCUGAGAACCUUCAACCAGACAAGGUCAUCCCUAAUGCUGAACAGUUGCCCUCUGACUCUAAAACUGAUCUUUGUACCACUGACCACUCAGACACCCACAAACCCACAAAGGACCAAUCACAGCCUUCCAUGACUACUCAGGAGCCCUGCCAAAUUAAGCCUCCAUCACAGACCUCACUGGAGUCCUCAGAGAGUGACUGGGAGACUUUGGAUCCCAGUGUGCUGGAAGGGGGUGUAGGCAUUGCAGGGAAUGAGGUGGGGACAAUUGAUUCUGAUGCUGGGUGCUCCGGUGUGCCCAUCACUGUGCAGCCCAAGUCUGGCACAGGCCAGGGAAUACUGACUCAGGGCCUGUUAUCUGGUCUGGAGGAGGAUCAGUAUGGACUGCCCCUUGCGGUCUUUACAAAGGGUUACCUGUGCCUGCCCUACAUGGCCCUGCAGCAGCACCACCUUUUGUCUGAUGUGAGAGUGCGUGGUUUCGUCGCUGGGGCAACCAAUAUCCUCUUUCGCCAGCAAAGACACCUCAGUGACGCCAUUGUAGAAGUAGAAGAAGCUCGUAUUCAGAUCCAAGAUCCUGAACUUCGCAGAGUGCUCAAUUUAAGUACAGCUGAUCUGCGGUUUUCUGACUAUCUGGUGAAGCAUGUAACUGAGAACAGAGAGGAUGUAUUUCUGGAUGGCACAGGCUGGGAAGGAGGAGACGAGUGGAUCAGAGCUCAGUUUACACUAUAUGUACACUCUUUAUUAGCAUCUACACUACAGGAAGAUAAUGAAAAACUCCUAGCAGAUUAUGGAGCUGCAUUCAUCUCUGCUUGGAAGAUCACACACAACUACAAAGUCUGGUUUAGUAACAAACAUCUGUCCAUGUCUGAGAUCACUCCAGGGCACCCAUUUCAAGGCCAGUACAGUGUAGCUGAUGUGAAGCUUCGGUUUUCACAUUCAGUGCAAAACAGUGAGCGUGGGAAAAAGCUUGGAAAUGCUGUGAUGACCACCAGUCGCAGUGUAGUGCAGACUGGAAAAGCCGUAGGUCAGUCUGUUGGUGGAGCUUUAACAACUGCAAAAUCAGCCAUGUCCUCUUGGUUUUCCACACUGGCCCCCCAGCCUGCUGUGGCAGCAGGCCCAGAACUUUCAGAAUCUACAACAACUAAGGAAUGACUUCAUCCUUCCUUUUACCUCCUUCAAACUGAUUAUAAUUCUCCAUCAUUUUUUAUCUGUAGCAGCAAGAUAUUUAUUACAUCAAUUUUACUUUUACCAGAUACAUUUUGAUCAAGAAACAAUAUAAUUUUAUUACAUAAAGUCUAUCCAAUAUACAGCUUGCUUCUUUCAGAACGCCUUAACCAACCUUGAUUAUUAAAGGUACCACCCUAAAAUUUUCCAGCAGACACUGGAUAUAAAGUGGUUUCACAUAGAGCUAGAAUGGAUAACUCCUCUCAUCCGAUGUCAUGCUACACCAUUUGUUACAUACAUUAGUACAGCAAUGGAUAUCCUUGUUAAUGUCUUUACAACGACUUGAUUAAAAAA